AUGAUGAUCGAUGAAGCUGUCUACCAGCGGGUCGUUCGCCCCCGUCUGCCUCCUCUGAGGGUGCAGACGCGGCUCUAUAUUGGCAUCGUUGCCUUCAUUGCAUGUCUGCUGCUCAUCUUUGUUGGCAUCUUCUCGCCGCUGAUUGUGCUGCGCAACAUGGAUAAGAGUUACGAAGCGGAGAUGCGGUACAUCGAGUACACCCUCGCCAGCAAAGCCGUGGCACCGUACAGGGUGGUCAUGUUCGAGGCCUUCGCCAUCAGUCAGGCCUUGGAGGGCUAUGUAAUGAGUCGGAUGCAAGUUCUGCCGAACUUGUCCGCUCCGCCACUGGAGCGUAUCGAAGGCCAAAACUUCACCAACUUCGACGACAUUAGCGUAACACUCCGGCGCAACAUGACUAUGAUCGCCAUGACUGCCUUACAGCCCGGCGGCGUGUAUGCCUUUUUCUCUCCGUGCAACGCCACCAAGUACGGACGCGACACCCUCGACCCUAAGGACAACGCGCAGAACUUCAAGCCGACGCCGUUCGAGACCAUCCUCGGCGGCCGCGCCGUCUACGUAGGCCCCUUCCGCUACACCUCCGGCGUUCUGCAGGGUCACUGGGGGCUCGCUAUUCGACGGCCCAUCUACAACCGCACAAGCUACAAGUCGGCCGAUAUCCACACCUUCUGGGGCUUUGCGCUCACCCUGGUCAACAUCAGCGGCCUUAUCGAGAGAAACCCGUUCGCCUUCAUCAGCCUCACGACAAAGAAACGGGACGUCGACUACCUUCUCAGCGUGCACAAUGAGACCUCCGGCGCUAUCACCAUCCUUGCGACCUCUCUCAAACAGCCGACGGCGACGCAGCUCGCAGAGUUUGUCCGGCUCGGCACCAGCGUCGGUAUCACCCCAAAUCACCCGUUCCUCAUCACCAUCCGCGGCCGCGACUACGGCUCGAACCUCUCGCCUGCCAACAUCAUCAUCGUCGUGUCCACCGUACUAUCUGGGCUUUUAGCCAUCUUCGCCGCUGUCAUCGCAGCCGUGUUGUGGUGCACGGCCACCCACGACACCGCAGCGCACGCGCCCAAGAUGGCACCCUUCGCCAUGCUCACCAUCGGCCCCUGCCGCGGCGAGGAGCUCUGGGACCUUGCGUCGGAUCAGAUGGUAGAGGUGACGGAGCGUCUUGGCCAUGUCCUGGCUCGGCAGAUGGUACGCCAUCACGCCUACCAGAUCCAGCAGGUGCACCCGCUCACCACAUCGUACGUCACGCGCAGCGUCGCCGCCGCUGUGAAGAUGGCCUUCAGCACCAUCGAGGAGCUGCAGCGCCACCCCAUCGACGGCCCGCUGCGCGCCGUGCUCGGUGAUGAGGUCCGCCUGCUGCUGUCCUACGCCGUGCACUGGUGCACCGACGCCGCCGUGCGCGUGGAAUCGCUGGAAGGCACGUACCGCUACGAGGGUCCCGACGUCGUGUACGGCGGCCGCAUGUGGGCCUUUGCCGCGCCCAGCGUCGUCACGGCGUCCGAGGCGGUGGUGCAGACACUGCCGUGCUUCGGCCUGCGCAACAUCGACACACGCCCAUGCUGCGUUGUCAACGUGGUGCGCUCACGGACCCUCUGCGGUGCCACCGGCGGCAAGAGCGCCACUAUCUACAUGCCACACUCGCUGCCCACCACCGCGCAGGCGACCGCCGGUGUGCAGUGCGGCAAGGCCGUCUCCCCGACGGCGGCCCCCCUGGAAAGCAACAGCGGCACCGAAAACACGCAACCGCUGCCACCACAGCAGCUCUUCACGCUGCUUGACACGCGCCGCCCCGCACUGGUGGCCGCCGAGGCUGCAGCGCCGCGCAACGUCGAUUCCGUUUCCUCUGCGUCUUGCCCUAGCGACUCUGCGGAGAUCCCCGCCAUGAACUUGCUUGCCGGUGAGUGUGCCGUGCUACCAGUGUUGCCCUCGUCUGCCGCUGAUGGCGACUCUGCGAAGAACGCUGAGAUGGCCAUUGCCGCACGCACAAGUACAAGCUCCGACGCGCCGACCGAGAGCGAAAGCAACGACAUACUCUCCGCGUCAUCGCUGUCGGUGGCGCCGCCGCUGUCGCACGCGUCCAGCUCCUCCGACAUCGGCGUCUCCAACGGCGCCACUACGGCGGUGCGGCUGAGCUCCCUCGCCUUUCAGGGGGACGCCGUCACACGUGCGCUGCUGCAGCCGCUGAUCCCACGCGCGCUCGAUGUCGCCCUGCGCGUCGCCUUUGACUACCAGUCCAUCACCCUCGAUGUGCGCUACGCCGAGGUGCGGGUGCUGGUCUACUACUUCUACUCCAGCUGCAAGAUUCUGUUCCGCCCGCUGGCAGCGCCGGAGCGCCACAACAUCUUCCGCCGCCUGGUGACAGCCUUUGGUGUGCCGCAGCAGGGCAUCCUCGAGCACCUGGCCGCGCGCUGCGUCAUUCGCUAUGUGCAGCAGCGGUUGAAAUCACGUCAGUUCGCACCGCACGAUCCUCACCUUCGUGUCACCCCCCGUGAAGCACCGCGAACGCUGAACACCUACGCGAAGCUCGGAAGGGCAACCCGUUAA